AUGGCAUCUGUCCUGCCUCAACAAGGCUCCACGCCCCAGGCGAUUGUGUCUCAAGACAUGAAUGUCUUGGGCCCCGCUGACGACGAUACCAAACGAGUACUGAAACGCGAAGAUGAACGACAAAAGCGUUUUGACAAAAUGUCCAACACGGUCUUGGACAUACCCAACGGCUAUCGCAAAGUCGAGGUCUUAAUUAUUCGUUGGGACGAAAGCAUCGAUGAGUUCAAGGGUCAUGGCAAAGAGGCUGACUCUGCUCAGAUUGAGCGGCUCCAAACCAUAUUCGAGAAGAAGUUUCACUUUGGAUGCGAGGUGCAAAUACUCCGCAACAUCGAUGACCCACAGCUCGAUCUAGAUCAUUACAUCAUGUCCCAUGUAGCCGAUCCUAUCAAGGGUCGGCGCUUGCGACUGUCAGCAACGCGAGAUUGGGACGAGAGUAUGGGUGGUCACCAACCCAUAGCCUUUUGGGACGAAGCUGAAAAGCCAUUGAAGACUAAAGCAAAGGGUGACGUCUUGACGAUCCUCGAUUGCUGCUUCGCAAGCACGGCUGCAGUCAAGAGUGAUGAUGAAUGGAGAACCUACCAACUUUUAGCAGCUUCGGCAGUUGAGGGCAAGACAACCGGCCCUGGACCAGGAUCCUUCACUGAGGCAUUGUGCGACUCGCUGGAACAGCUCCUGGAAGAAUCGACAGACGGAACUUUCUCCGUGUUCAAACUCGAAGAGACAAUCAACACAAAAAGAACUGAGAAGGCAGCACUGAUGUGGGAUCGACUGAAGAAACACAAACGCAGCGUGGAGCUGGGCCCACUCAAGAAGAUCGACAUCAAGAAAAACAGCCCAAGCCAAUACAAGAAACCAGAACUAGCUUCCCUGAAUCUACGGUUCUCGCUGACGACGGACGACCUAAGCAACACCCAGAUCGACACACUAGCGCGUGCAUUCCCUGCGGUGUGCAAGAACGCUGGUAUCGGUAUCCGUCAGAUCAAAUGGGUUGGGAUGGAAAAACGUGAUCCCACUAUGAGGGUCAUCCAAUCUAUCAAUGAGAUGCGAAGAAGGGCCAAAAUCCGGAAGAACAAUACCAGCAAGACACGAAAGACUACAGAGGUGUCUGAUGCGAGGAAAAGGCCUAGCUCACGCCCAUCGUCGCUCGCACCUGCGAAGCGAAGAACAACAAAUGCAUCUAUGGCCUCAGAAGAGUCGCUGGAACUAGGCAUUCAGACGCCAUCAGGGAGCAGCGGGAAAAGUAGAUCCCCAACAAGUGGAGAAGACUGA